AUGAAUCAGGAUCAGAACUUGAAUCUGCAUUUUCAGAAUCCAUCAUCAUUUCAAGGUAGCAAUUAAUACUAGCUAGAUGAAAUUUUACAGAGACAGCAAUUCGAAUCAAAGAUUAAGCUUAAUCAGUAUAACUCGCCAGCUGACUACAAAAACAACUUUAAAAUCAAGAUUCAAAGCUCUAAAGCCUUGCAAUUCAAGGAGCAGGCCAAAGUACUAGAGAUAAUGAAUAAAAUUGAAAAAGAUAAAGAGCAAUAAUUGGAAACUCUUAAAAAUUAGGAUAAAUCAAGGCAAUUGGAUUUAGAUAAAAAUAUGAAGCCAUUUCGAGAUGUUAAGUCAGAUAUGGUAUCUCUUCGAGCACAGUAAUCUAAGCAAAAGGUACAUUCAUAUAACUAUCUAAAGUAGCAGCUUAAAGCUCUAGUAUUCGAGAAUCAAUUGAGCCCUGAGGACAAAGUGAAGCUAAUCAAACUGAAAUAGUUAAAAAAUACAUCAGUUCAAAACAACUUAACCUUUGACAGCAUCAGAUUGAAUUAAUCAACCAUCGAGUCAAGUAACUUAAGUGAAUUAAGAAAUAGAGUCAAUAUGACUACAAUUCAGAAGCCCAAAGGUUAGAGUCUAGAGCUGCAAUCUAAUCAGUAGCAGCAAAAGCAAGAAAAACCUUAAUUUACACAUGAAUUGUUACGGAGAAUAAAGUAGAAUUUGAAUUAAAGUCAAGAUAGCUACAUUGGAAGCGAUAGCGAAGAGAGAAAACAGAGUUUUACUAAAAGAAACAAAUCAUUGGCUUAAAAUGUAAAUGAUGUCACUCAAAUUAGAGGAGUUAGCAUGAACUAGGUCUAUGAUUAGUAGGUGAUAAGGUCUAUGAAGAUGAUUUCAGAUAAUAAAAAAUCAGAGCUUAAAAAUCUACUUUGCAAUUAAGGAGAUAAAUCCUAGUUAGAUCGCAUGGACUCGCAGUUGUAUCAAUACUUUGACCAAAAUGAGAGCUAAAACACAAUGAAUUUUAAUGGAAUUUCUAAAUUAGACUUAAGUAAUGAAGACUAUCUAAAUAACAAUGUGGAAUAUAGCUUUGUUAUUAAUACCUUUGAAGACUAGAUAGAUCUGCAAAAGUAGUACAAAGUCAAGCAGAACACUUUGUAAGGAAUCAAGAUAAAUAAGCAAUAUCAAACAAUGGAGAGUGUGAGAUUUUUACAAGAAAAUUCAUCAGAGGUAAACUUUCAAUUUCUACCUAGCAUAAGCAGAUAAUAAACAAACAAUCUUAAAUAAAACAACAUGAUAUCGAUAGGUCAUUUAGAUUUAAUGGCUGAUAAGAAUCAAUACUCACCUGACAAAAAUCAAGCAUUCUAGAGCCAUAAAAUAGGUAAUACUACUAUGCUUCGGAUAUCAGAGUAAAAUGGCCCAAAGCCAGUAAUCAAUCCAAAGAAUAUUGCUUAACAAUUUGAGGAAUUAAGGAAGUAGCUUAAUCCUAUAUUUUCAGGGAAUAUGGAGUAAAAUGGCAUCAAUUAAAUAACUGAAACGGAAAUAGUUAAGAAAGGGCGGAAGAUGAGUAAUCAGAUCAAGUCCCAAAUGACUGAAGAUCAGUAUCAACUAUUAUUUACUUUGAGAUUCUUGUCAAAUGAAAAGAUUACGCAGUUAUCAGACAAGAAUAAGCAAAUUGAGAAAGUCUAAUAGGAAAUAUCUUAGGGGAUAGCCAAGAGACUUAUUAAUAAAGAAAGCGUACAAAAUGAGCUAGCUAAAAGACUGAUAAAUUGCGUGGUAAGAUAGAUAUCUAAUUCAAAUGGUCCCAAGCCAUCUAGCAGAGAGCAGUUUGCAAUGUGUCAAGUUAAAUCAAAAUACUAUAUAUUCGGUGGGAUGGCUUAGUAAUAAUACAAUGAUCUGAAGUUCUUGGAUACUAGCUAAAUUAACAAAGUUGACUGGUUAGGGUUACUCCCAGAUAAUACUUCUAAUCAAAUCACGAGAAGGUUCGGACACACAAUGCUUCCAUUUAAAGAUGAGGAACUUGUAAUAUUUGGUGGUGGAGGAAGCUACAUCACUAAGAUUAAGAGACGAGAAACAUUCAAUGAUAUCUACAUUUACAACCUUCAAGAAAAAAAGAUCUAUGAUCUCUAUGAUAUGUAACAGCACUUGCAUCAGUAAAACUUGAGAGGUGUAUAAAAGUCAAAUACCUAUAAUUAGGCCUAGAAGAUAGAUCCACCGACCAAAAGAAUGGGUCAUGCAGCUGCUAUCCUUGGACAUGCUAUGGUUAUUUAAGGUGGAAUCUAUGGAGAAGAUAAUAAGUUUCUAGAUGAUUUCGCAAUGUUUGACAUGAUUUCUAAAUAAUGGUCAAGGAUUAAAUAAUCAAAGUCAUCACAAUCAGUAAUAGGUUGUUUGGCGUAUCACACCAUGACAACAGCAUUCGAGUUAGAAAUACCUAGACUCACCAUGGAUUCAAGGUUGAUGUGGAUUAAGACUCCACAGCAGAUCUUAAACAAGGAAACCUAGACAAUCAAGAACCAAGGCAUCUACAUCUUCGGAGGUUUGAACGACAAAAAAGAGGCUUCAAAUAGCUUAUAUCUUCUCCAACCCUGCUAUGAGAGAAAUAAGAAGUACAUAUCGCUUAAGAACAAUGGAGUCUACAAGAAGGUGCUCAAGCCUAAGAUAUACUUUGAAUUGACUAAGAUAGUCCCUGAAGGGAUUCCACCCUGCUCCAGAUACUUACACUCUGCUUGCUAUGUGUAGGGAAGCAAAAGUUCUGGAAGCAAGGACUCUGCAGAUUCUGGCAUGAUUGGGUAUCUGGCUAUAUUUGGUGGUAGGAAUGACUUGUUAUUUAAGGAGACUGGAAACAACAUCGCGUUGAACGAUUUACAUGUAUAUGAUAUCAAGAGAAAUCUGUGGCUCACAAUUGCAAUCUAUGGAGAUAUACCAAUGAGUAGAUGGGGUCAUUAGUUGGUAAGUGGGGAAGCUGGCUCACAGUCAGAGACAAAGAUGAUUAUAUUUGGAGGCAUCAACUUGUAGAGCUAUUGCGACACCUCAAUUUUUGAAUUUGAUUUUGGUAAGAUCAAUUUAGUCUUUUAAUGUUUCAGAUCAAUAAGCUAUUGCUAACUUUUAUGA